AAUAUGUGUAACUGGAAAAUGAGGGUUGUUCUUCCUUUGCUGUUGGUGCUACUCAGUCAGUGCGGGUCGGGGGCUCAGGGGGAGGAUGAAGGUCUCGGCGAGGUGGGUGCGAUCAGAGAGUUUCGGGAGACAGCUCCAAGAGACACAGCUGAGGAAUCGAUCGAGCAGACCACAAAGCCAACCACCCCUGACAUCUGGGCGGAAGUGAGGGCUCUGAGAGACAUGGUGCUGGAGCUUAGGGUGCAUGUUCAGCUGCUGCAGAAAGACAAUCCCGCAAAGACAGACUUGCCAACCAGACUGUUUAACAGUGAGACUAAACUUCUCCAACUGGAGAAAGAAAAUGCAGUCAAAGAAACUAGACUGACUGCCACCGAGAUCAAAACAAGUGACCUAGAAGGAGAGAAUGCAGACCUGCAGACCAGACUGAGCAGCAGUGAGAGAGAACUUCUAAUUAGCAAGUCCAGGAUUGACCAGUUGGAGAGAGUAAAUGCAGGGCAAUCAAAGGUGGCCUUUUACACGGCUCUUACUGAUGCAGGAUAUGUUGGACCCAACAACGCCGACGUCACACUGAAAUACAGCAAGGUCUUCACCAACAUCGGCAAUGCUUACAGUCCAGAUACAGGUUUCUUCACAGCACCAGUCAAAGGGGCCUACUAUUUCCAAUUCACUAUGUGUGGUCAUCACACAGGUCUUAUGGGUGUAUAUGUGUACAAGAACAACCAAAGGAUCAUGUUUAACGUGGAGUGGAAGGAAGAAAUGCUUUAUAAGUACUUCACCAACUCUGUUGUGUUGGAGCUGAAUGCAGGAGACAAAAUUCACCUGGUUCUCCCAUCAACCCAUUCGCUCUAUGACGAUGGAGAUAACCACAACACCUUCAUUGGCACCCUUCUCUUCCCACUGUAAGGAUGUCGUUUAGGCUGCUGUGUGAUUCAUUUGUCACGAAAUAUCAAAUAAUAUUAUUCUGAAUCUGGCUUGCUUU